GAGGUACAAGCCCUGGUCGAUGCCACUCUCGGUGUGGACGUCUCGGACGAGUUAUUCCAGCGCCUCGUGGCGAAGAACAAGAAGGCUUGGGAAAAGGUGUCGGCAAACGCACUGAAGGGCACACGCACCUGGGAGGCAUGUCGUGAACGCUUCUUCGGGAUGCGAGCGCUGUACCCAGCAGUGCAGGCCUAUGUCGACUUCACUGGCGGAGAAGGUGAUGCCGAUAUCGAUGAAGACGAACGCUUCAGCAACGAGUACAUCCAGGCUCGCAUCAAUCGGAUGAAGGAGACGAAGAAACAUGCAGAGUCGGGCAAGAAGCUGAGUAAGAAGCUGAUCUGUGACUGGUUACAGUCCGACUGGCUCGACAUGUGCAAGCAGCGAUUUGGGCGGAACCCUGCAGUCCAGCGUGACAUCCAUUUCCGGGAUGGCCGUGUCUCGCCACCUCCCGCACAGCUUCGUGAUGCUGAGUCCGAGUCUGACUCGGACAUCCCUCAAGAGGUAGCUGCACCUGCAGUGGCGAAGAAGGCGGUGAUCCCACGCGAGAAAGGUGUUCCUGAGCCUGCACAUGCUCCGAAGAAGUCUUCCCUUCCUGCAGCUGAUUCAUUGAUGAAGUCGUUCGAGUCUAUCAGUAGGUUUGUUGAUACCCAGACGAGUUCCAUGGACAUGCAGCGCAAGAAGGCAGCGUAUGAUGCUGCUGUUGCCAUUCUUAAUAAUCCAACGUCUCCUGAGCACGUCAAAGAGCGUGCAAAGGAGGCGAUAGCAAGAUAUACCGAAUAUGUUUUUGACCUUAUCUAGACGCUUCUGACAUAGCAUAGCCUAUCGCUACGUUCGUUACCUUUACACUACAAGUACAUUUUGAUUGUUGAUCAAUCACAUUUAAUGGUUGUCUAUUCGGGCG